AUGGACGACUUAAACCAGUGGGACUUCCCUCUUGACUCUGCGUCCUCCGAAGGGUGGAAUGCUGAAAUCAAUGCCGGAGGCUAUAUGACAGACUUCACCGGCGCAUCGAGCUCGACGAGUUGGGACGCCCCUCUCCAUGAUCCAUUAGACUCCACAUUUUACGCCACUGAAUCCAGUGGUCAAUUGACAGCACAUCCUAUACAAUAUGAGGAUGAUGCGAGCAACAUGGAAAGGGAUCUGCCCUUUAAGGAGAUCCCUCAAUAUCUUGAUUUACCGGGUUUCCCAGAGCCGAACAUCAGUCCUCAGGCUGCACAGUUUCUCUCGGGUCAUUCCUCAGAGCUUGACCGCAUUGCAAUGGGAAUACCAGAUCCCAGGCCCUUCUCCAUGCAACCCCCUCUUGCGGAAUUUGGGGAUCAAAUGGUCAGGGCUUUUGCCGCUUGCAAGAAUCGUAUGUCUGCUAAGUCAUACCCUCAAGAUGAAGUUUCUGAAGUUCUGGAAACGCUUCGAAUCAUGACCACCUUCUUCACUUCCAAGCUCUCCCCAUCCCCAGCCUCGCCAUCGCCAGCCUCGCCAUCCUCGGCCUCGCCAGACAAGCCUGUCUGCCAGGCUAGGGUUAGAUUCCAGUGUUACCUGUGUGAAGAUAAGGCGAAUCCAAAGAUGUACACAGCCUUUAAUACACUCAAAAGACACCUCAGUACGACACAUAGGAUUUCCAGCGAGCAGUGGCACUGUUCCAGAUGCAAAACUAUCACAUUCCGGCGGGACAGGAUGCGUGAACAUUUUAUCUAUCACCACAGGUUCGACAUAACUUCAGCCGAGCUGGAGCAAACACGAUCGCCAUUGCCCGCUCCAGACUCAUGUCCCAUUUGCUCCAAGCCAGUAGUAGCUGAGUGGGAUGAAAUUUUCAAGCACAUCAGAGAGAACUGUUCUAGUCCUCGUCCAGAAGCUGUUCCGACCAAUGGCAAUCAGUCUCGUCGUGGCAGCGACGGGAGAGGGAGCGUUGGAACAGGUAAUGGUCAUAGCCAAUGCCACGGGUAUGGCUCUUUCACUGCUGAAGCUAGUCACCACAGCGGACAGUUGCCGUCCUACCUCGACGAAUCAUGGAAUCAAUCCAAUAACCAGAGGGGAUAUAACCCCUACCCUGACGCGCACUAUGAGGACCCCGGAAGCAUAAGCAACGCGGAACCUGGUUCUGCAUUGCAUUCUGUGAUAGAUGGCCAGCUCAAUCUCGGCCAUCAUCAAAGGUCUACCAAUGUUAUUGGAAAACUCCCAAUGAACGACUUGCCUUCCAGGUCGGUUGAAUCCAGAGCCCACCUUCCUGGAGGAGUCGACAAGCAGCCCAGGAAACUGCAGCCUCCACAUACACCAGGAAAUUCGAGAUCGGGACAAUCUUCCCAGAAGCGCAAGCGUCCGAGAAAAGAGAAGGAGCCAACACAACAGAAUGAACCUGACCCAAGAGCGUGCGAACAGUGUUCUCAUAUUAUGACCAGGUGUGAGGAGUGCAGCACGGUCAGAGGCUGCCACAUAUGCGGACCUGGUCCGUCUGGGGGUGCUAUUGAAGCUGGAAAUACCUCGGGGAUGCUUGUGCGAGGCUACCUAAGCCCGUCGUCAGCUGUCACCACUCUAAACCCGACUUAUCUUGACUUCCAGAAUAUGCUUGAACCAUCCGGUCUCAUGCCCACUCAACCCUCUUAUCAUCCUACCGGCGGGGCCACCCAGCAAUUCUGGACGCAAACUCCAUAUCAAUCAUUCCAAAGUAUGACGGACACAUUAGUAGGCGACUCAUUCCCUGGAGAUCAGUUCAUGACGAUAGCGCAAGUUGCCGGAGGCCACGAAGUUCUGAGAGGUCUCAACGGCAAGAUCCAGGAAUCCUCUGUUGUUGAAUGUGAUACCAGGUUGCUUCGCAGUAUUGGGCUUGAUUCAUUCAUUUGCUCGUCCCAAGUGAAGGGUCAAACGAAACAACUGCAGCCCGAGGCUGCAGUUGUCCUGACUCCAAGUUUAUAUACAGAUUUUGUCUUACGAAGCAAAGCGUCGUCGGGAAUUUCCAAUGCCCCACAGCCGGCAUUAUUUCAAUGCCAAUGCGCAUGCAUCACCAAGCCCCUCCUGAGUCGCGAAUGCCGCGCUGUCUUCCAAUUAUCGCCGAACGAGUGGGUUGAUAUGACAUUCAAGAUAUCUCCAGCACACGAAACCAGUCAUCCUCUCCGCACUCGGAUACAAAUCUUUGCCAAACUUCUCAAGCUCCGCACAGCGGCAGCGCAGUCAACUACGCAGAAGCAGAGACGUCGCUCUAUCGAGUCUGUAUCCAAGUGUGAGGAUCUCGAUGAUACCGACUCGGACCAAGGUCUCCUAGCGACAUCACCUUCCGGUUCUGAGCUUACGCCAGUAUCCUACUGGACUGAAGAAGUGCAGGACUGGUCCUUCAACUUUGAUAUCAAUUGGGCUGCCCUGGCGAAUCUCGCCCAGUGGGCCGGCGGCAUCGAUGCCGAUACGUGCCAGAAUCUCUUACUAUCUGAUCAUGGCCACGUACUGGACUUGAUAGCAAUGUAUAUCAAGUGCAAGUUUGAGAUAUAUUGGCUGUUGAUGGGGUCCAGUGGUCUCAGUUUGCUUUUGAGCAUCUAG